AUGGGCGUGCUGACGCUGAACGUGCUUUGGCGGGCCGCCGACGGGGAGACGACGAAGAAGACGAUGCAGUUCGACUCGAAGAUGCUCAUCUACGACGUCAAUCAGAUGAUCCGCGACAAGCUCGGGCUCAGGGACAUCAAGCCGCAGGAGUAUGGGCUGCUCCGCGUCGACGAUCGCGACGAAACGAAGAGCCUCUGGAUGGACUCGGGCAGACCGCUCGAGUAUUACCUUGUACACAAUCACGACACCGUGGAAUACGGUAAGAAGACACGACUUCUCAAGGUUCGAAUGCUUGACGGGGCCAUCAAGACGGUCGGCGUCGACGAGAGCCAGCCCGUGCAGCAGUUGAUGACCACCAUAUGCGGCAAGAUUGGCAUCAGCAACAGCGAGGAGUACAGUCUGGUUCGCGAGACCGAGAAAGACAGCAAGGCGCGGUCGAUGCACAAUCUUCGAGACAUCCGAGACCGAGCCGCCGAGGAGCAGAAGAAGGAGAAGGGCCUCCUCUCGGGCACACUGGGCCGCAAAAAGGAGCAGAAAAUGGAGCAGUUGAGGCAGAAGCUACACACCGACGAGGAGAUACCGUGGAUUGAUCACAAUAAGACACUGCGGGAGCAGGGGAUCUCCAUUGAUGAGACUCUGCUUUUAAAGAGGCGUUUCUUCUUCUCCGACACAAAUGUCGACAGCCGGGACCCGGUGCAAUUGAAUCUGCUGUACGUGCAGUGCCGAGAUGGAGUACUGUCGGGUGCACAUCCGGUGCAGCGCGAGACUGCCCUCACCCUGGCCGCCCUACAAUGCCAGAUUCAGUACGGCGACUUCCCGGAGAACAAGCCGAAAUUUGUUAUUGAUGCUCGUGAUCUUCUGCCGAAGGAAUAUGAGAAGAAGCGCUCCGAAUUCGAGAAGGAGAUUACGCAGAUGUACAAAGAAUUGUCCGGAACCGGCGAGCUCGACGCCAAGAGCCGCUACGUGCAGAUGUGCCGCGGCCUGAAGACUUACGGAGUCACCUUCUUCGUUGUCAAGGAAAAGGUCAAUGGCAAGAACAAGCUGGUGCCUCGUCUCCUCGGCAUCAACAAGGACUCGAUCAUGCGCGUCGACGAGAAGACGAAGGACAUCUUGAAGGAGUGGCCACUGGAGCAGGUUCGACGAUGGGGCAACACCGGAAAUACAUUUUCGCUGGACUUUGGCGACUACCAAGAUGGUUACUACUGGGUGAACACACCGGAAGGAGAGCGAAUCGCAGCUCUUUUUGGCUGGCUGAUUUUUUUCAGCUACAUCGACAUCAUCCUGAAGAAGCGCAGAACGGCUGACCACCGGGGAAUCGAGGGAGACGAGGGGUCGACGAUGCUGGAAGAUAUGGUCGCACCGGCCAGGGCUACACUGGUGGCGCACGGUCAGAUCGGGGACGGAUCACACCAACAGGCCGUCCAUGGGAACGUGGCGGUGCCGGGCGUCCUUCGCUCGUCCGCCACCCCAACCGGUUACGGUAUCAACGGUGCCCAAUAUGGUGCCGUCUCGGGCCAGAUCAUCUCGCAGUCGAUGCCCAGGGGUGAACGCGUCCGUGUCGUCGAGAGCCGCGACCGCGCCCAGCGCGCCCUCGUUGGAACCAUCGAGGCUUCGAUCCGGGCCGUCGAUGAAGCCGAGGAGGAGCUACAGAAGGAGCCCGAGAUCGAGCUGCCCAAGUUCCCAGAGGAUCCGAACUCGAGGAGAUGGGUCGAACACCAGCGCGACCUCGGCAAGGAGAACGUCAACGAGAGGCUGGCAGCGAUGGGCGCAGCCACAGCUCAGGUUGUCCAAUGGACGGCCGUGCAGGAGGAAUACGACGAGAGGGUCGGGUCCGCAAUCGCGACCAUCGGCGGAAAUCUACCCGAGAUGGGGCGCGACGUGCGCGACUUGGCUGCGUUGAUGCCCAACGAGAGGCGCGGGGAUUUGAUUGACGCUGCCCGCCGUCUCUGCGGCGCUUUCGGAGACUUCCUGACCUCGGUCAACCCCGAGCAGGAGGAGAAGCGCACGGUCAUCCUGGCCGCCGCCGGACGUGUCGGAGACGCCUCGCACAACAUGAUCAACACCAUCGACGAGCCGACAUCGCACGAGACGACGUUCCACUCGGAGCUCGUGCAAAAGUCGAAGACUGUCGCCACGUCGACGGCCCAGCUGGUGUUGAGAGCCAAAACCGUCGCCGCGGAAUGCGGGGAGAACGAGCAAGUUCAGGACCGUGUCAUCCGGUCGGCCACCCAGUGCGCGUUCGCCACCUCGCAACUGGUAUCCUGCUCCCGUGUCGUCGCCCCGACGAUCGAAAACAAGGCAUGUCAAGAGCAACUCCGCCAAGCCGCCAAGGAAGUAUCAACCGCCGUCCAAGACCUCCUCAACGAGUCCGACUACGCCGUGCAAACUGUACAACGUGGUCAUCAGACGCUCGGCGACCUUCACGAAGCCGCCCGCCAAGUCACCUCAGCCCUCGAUGACCUGCUCGACCAUGUCAAGACGUCCCCCAAGGGUCAGGAGCAGCAUGGCGAUGAACAGUGGGAGCAUGUGCUCCGCUCUUCCAACCGACUCGUCACCCACCAGGGGCCCACCCAAGAUCUGGUGAAGCAGAGCGAGCGUGUUGUGCGCCAUUCGCAGCUUUUGGUCGAGGACUUUGAGCGUCAGGCGACGCAACAUCCAGAGCACAAAGAUCGUCUACUGGAUGCUGCCCGAAAGGUCGCGUCCGCAACAAGCAACAUGAUCGAUGCGACGAAGGAGUGCGAGUACCGCCCGAAUGCUGUGGAGAGCCAGAUGGCUGUUCGUUCCGCCGCUGAGAACCUGCUGACCGCUACGAACGAGGCGACGGCUGAUCAGCAACAGCAGAAGACGAUGCAACGACUCGAACAAGCUGCGCGAGACACUGCUUAUCACGCCACGCAGACCGUCACUGCCGCCAACCAAGUGAAGGAGGCGCCGAAGGAGAAGCGGAUACGCACCGAGGUGACCGAGGAGCUGCUGGUAGAUGACGACCACCAAGUGCUCGUGGAGCUCAUCAAGAACAAGACGGUCACCGAGACGCUGAUCGUCGAGUGCACCGAUACGGCUAGUCAGAUUCAGCAUGUGGUCCCCCUCAUCCGUGAGAGUCAAGAAGCCCAAACGCCACAUCAGAAGUUCCGCGCUCAAUCCCGGCUGAUUCGCCAGGCGCAUCACCUCGUUGAGCCAGCCACCCGCCUCACCGACGUCGCCCAACAGGCCGUGGUCCACGUCCCAGAACCCCAUCUGGCCAACCACCUCCAAGCCUCUGCCACCCAGCUCCACACACAACUCGCCGAACUGCGCACCGCCAUCAACAACGCCCAACAGCUGAACUUUGCGCAGCAGCUGCUCUACUCAGAGGAGCUGAUCAAGGAGCUCGACGAGGAGCUGAAGGAGGUGCAACGCCGCGCCCACGCCGAUACGCUAGAGGUCCCCAGGAAUCUUACGCACGACGGCGCGAAUGCGCAGUUGGUGAACGCGUGCCGGGAGCUCGGGUCGAACUUGGCGCAGUUGGUGUCGGCGGCGAGUAUGAGGGAUAGGCAUCAUACUGGGAGCAGUGCGGUUGCGGCCGCCCAGUCGUUGAGGGGCUUCACGGACUCAGUACGGGAUUCUGUGGCCACGAGGGGGCCCGAAUUGCCGGUUGAUCAAUUUAUCGUGUCCGCACGAUCUGUAGUUGAUCAAUCGGGGAGGAUCUUCGACAAGGCCAGGGAGGAAGCACCGCCACAGCAGUUGGCUGAGGUCGCCAAGCAGGUCUCGACGAGUCUGAGACAGGUGAUCGGCUGCCUACCCGACAAACAACACAUCGACCGCGCCGUCCAACAAAUUCGCCAAGUCGGAGCCUCGUCUGUCGUCCGCGAGCCGGACGUCCGUGUCGCCGCCUCGCGCCUCGUCGAGUCCGCCUCCUCACUACUCGUUGCUGCCCGCAGACCGUCGCACAACGAGAGCGUGAACGUCUUCGUGCACUCGUACACCGACUUUCACACUGCCGUCAUUGCAGCCAUUCGGGAACAACCCCACAUGGAACAGCGUGCCCUGACCAUUGAUCAGCUUGAAAACGCGCGCGAGGGCGCUGUCGAUGUGCUCACUCGCGCCGCUGCCGCGUCUUCGAACAGUGACGCGGCCAACACGCAGAUGCUCACACAGGCCACAAAGAACCUCACUGAAACGGUGAACACCCUGGUCGAGUCGGUCUCCAGCGAGCAGCCGUGGCAGCGUGAGUGUGACGCCGCCCUCCGCCAGAUCCAGUCGACGAUCCCCAUCGCCGAGCAGGCCAUCCUGCCCCUCAACGACGACUCCUACUUUGCCAGCCUCGAAAAGGUCACCGAACAGGCACGCCGUCUCGGCGAGGCAAUGAACAGCCUUGCACGGAGCACGAAGCACGAGGACAAGCAGAUGUUCAACCAAUCCGUGCGCCAAUCCGCAGAUGCCGUCUGCUCCCUUGCCGAAGCCGCCGCCCAGUCGGCCUACCUCGUCGGGGUGGCCCACCCGCGCUCCGUUCGCGGCCAGGCCGCCCUCAUCGACGGACCCAAGGUGAACAGAUCAUCAACGCUCGUCAAGCAGGUCUGCGAGCGUAUCGCCCAGGAGCGCUACACGCAGCCCGAGAUCCUCAACGACGCCACCGUCGUCGCCAAGCACACCUCGCAACUGGCCCAGCUGUGCCGUACAGCCAGCGAGCGCACCGCCAACGUCAACGUCAAGAAGCAGUUCAUCAACUGUGCCCGAGAGGUGGCCAGCAAGACGGCCGAGCUGAUCCAGAACGUCAAGGAGUUGGACAAGGCCCCCACCGCCCCCACGCAGCAGGCGUGCACAAGGUCUGCGGCCGAACUGCACCAAUCUGUCGAGCAGCUCGAGGCGUAUGUGCAGAACCCCGAGUUCGUCGCCAAGCCGGCUACGAUAAGCCCGGAAGGGCGUGACGCGCAGGUGCCCAUCCUCGGCUCGACGCGUUCCACCCUCGAGACCAGCGCUCAAAUGAUCAUCACCGCUAACCAGCUGGCCGCUUCUCCUCGCGAUCAGAUGAUGUGGCAACAAUUGGCCGACAACUCUCGUGGCGUCUCCGACUCCAUCAAGCGCCUCGUGACGGCCAUCCGGGAUGCUGCUCCUGGUCAACGGGAGUUGGACACCACCCUCAAACGCCUUGAUGAAAUGAUCCGAGGUGUUGAUCGUGCCAUGAUGGAGGCCCAGGUCAACCCCGGGGCCAAGACCACCGUCGAGAAGCGUGUGCAGCAACAGAUCAUGCACUAUACCCAGAAUCUGCACGACAAGGUGGAGCCCCUCAGGCAGGUAGCCAUCAACAAGUCCGAGGAGUUGGGCCACCACGCCAUGGAACAUCUAGCCCUCACCCAACCGCUCGUCGACUCGGCCAUCCAGGCAGCCACCGCCACCUCAAACUCCAACGACCAGAUCAAGCUGUUCGAUCAGUGCCGCACCGUUGUGGAAGCGGAAAUGCAGAUGAUGUACGCGUGCAAGAACUCGGCCGGAAAUCCGAAGGCCAAGGAGGCACAUCAGAGCCUUGAUGAGGCCAGUCAACAAUACAGAGAGGCCCUCUCCGACAUGAGAAACACCGUGAAUGCCAUCAGCUCCGAGCAGGGCGUCACGGAGACCGGAAUGACGCGUCUUCUCGAAGAAAUCCGGGCCACCGCUUCUGACAUGCCGUACGCUGAGCCGGUCAAUUUGGGCGCAAUGUCGUUGAACAUCAGCGAAAAGUUCCACCAGCUGGCCAAGGAAUGUGCGAGGGCCCAGGCCCUCCUCCCCAACAUCCCAGACCUCGCCACCAAGCUCAAGGUGUCCGUCCAGAAACUCGGAAUGUCCUGUACGGAGCGCACCAAGAAAGAACUGCAUGAGCACAGCCAAGAGGUUGUCGAGCGAGUUCAGGAAGUUUUGGCGGUGCUGAACAUGGAGCGGAAGGGAACCCAAGCUUGUAUCAAUGCCGCGAAUACAGUUUCCGGAAUUAUUGGCGACUUGGACACGACCAUCUUGUUUGCUACGUCCGGAAGCCUGAACGCCACGGACACGCUCAGCUUUGCGCAGCAUCGCGAUCAAAUCCUGAAGACUGCGAAGGCACUCGUCGAGGACACGAAGGCACUUGUCGCAGGCGCCGCAUCCAAUCAAGAACAACUUGCUGUCGCGGCUCAAAAUGCGGUGAGGACCAUCGUCUCCCUGUCGGACGCCGUCAAGAACGGGGCCGUUGCGUUGAACAACACCAACUCGGAGACGCAGGUUCUUGCCCUACACGCUGUUCGUGACGUCGCCAGCGCCCUCUGCGCCCUCAUCCAGGCGACCAAAAACGCCAACGGGUGCUCGCACGAGGACCCCGCAAUGGGAGAUCUCAAAGAAGCCGCCAAGACCAUGGUCAGCAACGUGACCUCGUUGCUGAAGACCGUCAGGUCGGUGGAGAAUGAGAACCAGCAAGGGACCCGAGCUCUCGAAGCGGCCAUCGACGCGAUUAACCAAGAAUUGAAGCAGUACGACAACAGCACGGAGGGCCCGAGCCAGGCCGCACAUCCCGAUGAGCUGAGGAGGGUUGGGGCCCAUGUCCCAGGCGACGACUGCUGGCGACAGCCGCUUCAUCCCUCAACCAAGCGGGGAUGUCAUUGCCGCAUCGAACAUAUGGAGGACGGGCCGUGUCGGGGUUGCUGGUCACAGCGAGGAGCACGGCGA